AUGGGUGACAUUAGAACAGAGGCGUUUCCGACUAAAAAGCUGGACUCGCGACAAGAUUCAGAACUGGAUCGUCCGGUUAUUGAGUCUCGAUUGGAUUCCAGAAUGGACUACUACGCCAGCAAGUUGGCUCUACGCGCGAGCCUGCGCUACACUGGAGAGGAUGACCAGUGGCAGACCAGUCGCAGUUCUCUUCGUGAAAGAAAUGAAUACAUGUUCAACCGCGAGUUGUUUAGUGAUGUGCGUUUCCUGGUUGGCAGGACAGAGAAAACAUCCAUUCCUGCCCAUCGGUAUAUACUGGCCAUUAGUAGUCCAGUGUUUUCUUCUCUUUUUUACGCGUUUGGGGCACUUCAGACUGAAGUAACUUCGCGAGAGCAGGUAGAAAUAUCAGAGUGUGAACCGGAAUCGUUUCUGGAGAUGCUCAGGUAUAUGUACUACGACGAAGUGCAGCUGACCAUAGAUAACGCACCAGAAGUCUUGUUCUUAGCCCGGAAGUACCUUAUUCCAAGCUUGGCGGAGAUCUGCACUGAAUUCAUCGCAAGUAACUUAACUGUAGCGAAUGCUCUUCCCGUAUUGGACCAUUGUUGUCUGCUUGGAGUCAGCAAAGGCCUGGAGAAGCAAUGUUGGACUAUCAUCGACCAACAUGCUUCGGAAGUAGCUCAGGACCACCAAUUCGUAAAUAUCGACCACGGCACACUUACAGCUCUCUUGAAACGCGACACCUUAGUUGCCAAGGAAACAGUACUUUUCCAAGCAGCUGUGAAGUGGGCGGGGCGAGAAUGCCAGCGCUUGUCACUUCCGGUGACAGUUGAGAAUAAACGCGAGGUUCUGGGGGAUGCGUUCUAUUCCAUUCGUUUCCCAUUAAUGAACAUGAAAGAAUUCACUGAGAAUGUGGCUCAGUCAUCUUAUCUGAGCCACGAAGAAGUUGCAAAUAUGUACGUCGGUUUCAACUCCAAUUUCCAGUCAUGUAAAGUGAGAUUUCCAACAGAGCCUCGUGGUGGUUUUACCCGCGCUGAGCAUCGUCAAGAGCCAGUCUUUCGCUGCACGCGUUUCGAAUCAACAGCGGUGCGCCCAAAGUGGACGGCAGUCACGCCGCAGCAAUCCACCGUGAAAUUCAAGGUUAACCAGCCGAUCAGCUUAACAGGCGUAGCCCUGUAUACGCCUGUCAUGCAAUCAGCCUCGUCGCGUUUUAAAAUUGAGCUGCGUGACUGCAACGAUUCUAUGCUAACGUCACAUCAAGCAGAUCUUGAUAACCGGGACGAUGAUAGUGACACGCAAGACGUCAUAUUUUCAGAAGGGAUAAAAUUACAAAAUGAUGUGAUCUAUUCAAUCACUGUUACGUCAGAAGAAGUCUUGGAGCGCUUUGGAGAGGGGCAGAGGAGUGAUAUCCGCUGUGAAGGCGUCGAUUUUGAGUUCUUUGAGGAAUCAGGGGAUGAAGAAGUGACAGGACAAAUACCAGAACUUUUGUUUCAGCCUUUCAAAGAGGCACCAUUAUCAAAGGCUUUUGCUGAAGACUAUUAGAAAUUUGCUGACCUAAUGCCGGACUACUAAACUGGAAUUUAUGUUGUCAAGUAGGGUAUUUACUUUAAAACUCUUUAACAGGGUUUGCUUCGACUUGGUGAAAACUUAAAAUAAGCAACGAGCCAAAGAAUUUGUAAAGAAUACAACACGUUUGCUGGGCGAUCAAUUGCGGGUUAGAGAACGGCGUAAUCUCUUUGGGAAUUGAAC